AUGACUAAACCAUACCGUGGAAUGACGCGACCUGGUUCGCGACGCCGGAUUAGAGAGUUGACGAGCAGCGAACGAAAGACAAAAUACUGCCGAGACGACGUUUACUAUGAGUUCAAGACUCUUGUGAUUGUCGGAGAAUACGGUGUGGGGAAGACAGCAUUAUGCAAGAUGAUCUUCAACAAUAUUGAUGUGAAGAGGGUUUAUGCUCCAAGAAUUUGGGUUUCUAUGCAUAGCCAAGAGACAGAGGGAGGAGAGGAUAAGAAGAUAUCUGUGUUAAAGAGGAUCUUGGAGUUGAAAAUGACAUGGGAGACUGAUGCAGAGACUGCUACAGAGAAGGAGCUUUCUGCUCUGCUCUAUGCACUUCACUUGGAUCUGAGGUUUAAGAAGUAUCUGAUUGUGUUUGAUGAUGUCCGAGAAGAGGACGAUUGGAAAGAGAUUCUUGAGGAUGAUGAGGAGAAACUCAAGGAGGAUGAGAGAUGGGGAAAGUAUCUUUCAGAUGGAUUCCAUAAAGGGUCUGGUGGAAGAGUCAUAUACACGACCAGGGAUGAGAAAAAGAAUCUGGCGAACAAGCUAGUUGCAAAGGAACAUGAGAUACAUCGUCUUUGGCCUCUGACUGAUCCUAAAAGUGUGUGGGAUAUCUAUGAAGCAGCGGUCACAGAGAAUGGUAUAAAAGAGCCUCCGAGAAACGACAAGAAAUGCAUCGAUGAGCUGAUGAGCAAGUCUCGUGGUCUUCCUCUAGCUGCUAGAAUGAUCGCCAAGCUUGAAUCCGUGUUUCUUGACGAUGAAACUGUCCCACAGAAGGGUACUACCUAUGGAACAACCGCUUCCGCCAACCAGCCCACCUCAGAAUAG